AAUGCAAGGCUUUUUGCAACAAAUUAAUUAAACCAAUUCAUUCUUAUGUCUGAUAUAUAAACAAUCCACAGGCGCUGGGUAAAGCACUGAAAUAAACAUAAGGCUGGCUAUGCAGGUAGGGACUAUGCCGUACCCGUGCUUCAUGACAUAACUGGAAAGGUGAUUCUAGGGGCGGAGCAAGAAGAACACGUAAGCUACAGGCAGCGUUGCGCUCCGGGUGCGCAGUGGACAUACUGAAUCCGUGUGCAUCUUUCCACAUCCAGCUGAGGGUUCUGAAGGGGUAUCACCAACUACAGACAACUAUGGAGUAAGCGGACAGUGCGUAUUUAGAUGUUGGGAAGUAUUGUCGAAGGGAGAUUGUGGAUAAAUCUAAAUAUUGUGGAUACUCCAAGAGACUUUUCUUUGUCUCUGACGAAAUUUGCGCGACCUUCAGAGAUCCUUUCGUCAGUGUUUUUCGCGUUGCGCCGUACUACAAGCCACUGUCUUAUAUUGCAACAUAUAGCCUAUAUUUUGUCUGUUAUUUUUUCGUAUGGUAAGCUUCUAUAUUAUGUUGUCGUUUUGGUUUUAGACUAUGGAAAGUAACUUUAGGUAUAGCCACGGACGAGAUUAGUUUUUAGCUAUUAUCGACGUCCGUCGUCGAUAAAUUGUUUUUGUCUGUGUGCAUUCUUGACAUUUAUUUGCAGUCAUUGGGAAUAUAAAAUGCCCUCAUAGUCUGCGCUAUUUCGUGCUGCCGAACAAAUUUGAACUGACGAAAACAGACCAAGGGACACCUGUUGUCAACGCCGGGGGCGAGCAACUCAAGUGACUGACCAUGUCUCAGGCCGAUGUGGACAUGGCAGGACUUGGUUUCUCCAAAUUACCUACGAGUUUCGAUGCCGACACAUGCUUUCCAGCCAGAAUGCCACCAAGACGAAGAAGACAUUCUGCUAAUUCGAGGCGAAACGCUUACAGGUUGAACAAAAUUCACACAAUGGAUCUGGAAGCUCCAGAUUUUGUCGCCCCUCUUACAAAGACACUCUCCUGGUCUGCCGACAACAUCCUGUCAGAAAGUACGACAGAGGAGAAGAAGGCCGAAUCCUCGACAACGGAGUCACCCGCGUCUAGCACGAGCUCACCUCCGGCCACCCAAGCCUCUGACCUGCUGCCCUCACCGGGGGACUGGAAAGUCGCGGAGCCCAUCUCCAACGUGCUCGACGCCAGCUCGGACUCUGAGGAAGAAAUUGCUCAGAAAAGGGUGGUUUUGACAAGCGCUCAGUUGGAGAGCAAUCGGGAACAGGAGGAGAAGGAUGAAGUGGAGACCAAAGCCGUGGCCACUUCACCUGAUGGCAGGUUUCUCAAAUUCAACAUUGAAAUCGGGAGAGGGUCUUUCAAGACUGUGUACAAAGGACUGGACACCGAGACUACUGUUGAGGUGGCAUGGUGCGAGUUACAGACACGCAGGCUGACGAAGGCGGAGCGGCAGCGCUUCAGUGAGGAGGUGGAGAUGCUGAAAGGCCUCCAGCACCCCAACAUCGUCCGCUUCUACGACUCCUGGAAGUCCACUGUCAAAGGGCACAAGUGCAUCCUCCUGGUGACUGAGCUUAUGACCUCUGGAACUCUCAAAACGUAUCUGAAGCGCUUUAAGGAGAUGAAGUUGAAGCUCCUGCAGCGCUGGAGCCAUCAGAUCCUGAAGGGGCUGCACUUCCUGCACACGCGCACGCCCCCCAUCAUCCACCGCGACCUCAAGUGUGACAACAUCUUCAUCACCGGCCCCACCGGCUCCGUCAAGAUCGGAGACCUCGGUCUCGCCACGCUCAAGAGUGCUUCCUUCGCCAAGAGUGUCAUUGGAACCCCUGAGUUCAUGGCUCCAGAGAUGUAUGAGGAGAAGUACGACGAGGCUGUGGACGUCUACGCCUUUGGCAUGUGCAUCCUGGAGAUGACCACGUCGGAGUACCCCUACUCGGAGUGCCAGAAUGCCGCCCAGAUCUAUCGCAAGGUCACCAGUGGCAUUAAGCCUGACAGCUUUCUCAAAGUCAAGGUGCCGGAGCUGAAGGAGAUUAUCGAGGGCUGCAUCCGCAUGAACAAAGACGAAAGGUACACCAUCCAGGACCUGCUGGAGCACACCUUCUUCCAGGAGAACAACGGCGUCCAUGUGGAGCUGGCCGAGGAGGACCACGUGCAGAAGUCGGCCCUCAAGCUGUGGCUGCGUAUGGACGACACCAAGAAGCUCCAUGGCAAGUACAAGGACAACAACGCCAUCGAGUUCCUGUUCGAGCUCUACAAGGACGUUCCUGAGGAGGUGGCCCAGGAGAUGGUGGUUCUGGGUUUCGUCUGCGAGGUGGACUACAAGCUGGUUGCCAAGGCGAUCCGCGACCGUGUGACGGCCAUCAAGCGCCAGCGGGAAAAGCAACGCCGGCAGGCAGAGGAAGCACAGCGGCGUCGACAGGAGGGGGUCAUCGAAGAGGAGCCGGAACCUCUGCCUGAAACCGACCCCCCAGCCUCCGCCCCUGCUCCUGCCCCAGUCAUCCAAUCCAUCUCCCCCGCCCCUAGGACCCCUCCCUCCACCUCCUCCUCUUCCUCCCAGCAGUCCUUGGAUGCCCCCUUGCCCUCCUCCUCCACCACCGUCACGGCCCCUACGUCCCCCCACAUGCCCCCCACGCUCACCAUCUCCGGCCCGCUGCCCUCACCCACCAUGUCUCCCGCCAGUGGCUCCAUCGACUCGGGCAUCAACGCCAGCUUUGCUACCGAGCCCGACGAGCAGGAGGUGGACCAGCAGCCCAGCUACAACAUGCGCCACUCCAGCUACUCAUCCGCUACAUCCGACUGCGAGACGGACGGCUACCUCAGCUCCUCCGGGCUCCAGGAACACUCCGAGGGCCCUCCCCAAGAGGCGGCCCCCGCUGCCCCCGCACCCGUCACCUCGGCAACCGCUACCGUGGAGAUGCCUCGCCCAGAGAGUCCGUCCCCUGCGGCUGGACCGGAGGCACCAGUACCAGCCCUUCGCUUCCCCUCGGUGGGUAGGCUGUGUGCAGGGGGCGAGAGCAUUGCUGUUUCAAAUACCGAGCGGCCAGGGUCAGGAUUUGGCAGUGGCUUCAACUCACCUGUCGACAGCUAUGCCUCUGAUGUUACAUCUGGCUUGAGUGAUGGCUAUGAAGGCCUAUCAGAGAAAAGUACAGAAGGUGUCCCCAAGCGCACAGGCAGCAAGCUCCUCAGGAGGCGGACCCGCUCUCGCCUGCGCAUCACUGGGCUGUCUGAUAAAGUGGAUCGGGUGGUGGAGUGCCAGCUGCAAACACACAACAGCAAGAUGGUGACCUUCAAGUUUGACCUGGAUGGAGACAACCCUGAGGACAUUGCUGCUGUGAUGGUCCACAGAGAGUUCAUUCUGCCGUCCGAGCAGGAGGGCUUCAUCCACCGUAUGUGUGACAUUAUUAAGAGAGCCGAAGCUCUGAUGAGGAGAGAGCCAAUCGGAUUCCUGCAGGGGGAGGGCUCUCGGCUGCCUUACCUGAGUGGAGCAGGAACUCUCUCUGGCUCACAGCCUAACCUCCAUACCCAAGGCCUGGCACGGACACACUCCUCCUCCUCUCUGCCAGACUAUGCGGCGGGCAGUGUGGGCCAGGCGGCUCAAGGCUCCUCCCUGGCCCUGGGCGGAGACUUCCUCCUGGAUCCUGACAGACUUCCCCUCACGCGACCCCUCCGCUCACAGUCCUUCCACACCACCUCAGGCUCCUCUCAGUCCUACUACCCCGGAGCCUCUACCCACUACCAUCCCCACUUCUCCCACCCCGACUCAGUGCCUCUGCUGGUGCCACCCAUGGCCCAGUACCCACAGCAGUCUCCCUACAUGCCAAAUGCCCACUACCAGCACCUCUACCUCCAAUCCCAGCAGCAGCAACAGCAGCAGCAGCAGCAGCAGCACAACCCAAGCAAGCUGCCCCUGGCCCCCUCCACCCUCGUUAGAGUGCCCAGCACCACCAGCCUGGCCGCAACCACUCCCUCCUCCUCAGCUGGGCCAACGGGAAAGCAGGUGGGGGCGGAGGCCAUGAUGGCGGGCGACGGAGCCCACCUGUCCCCCCCGGUGGGGUCAUUGAGCGCGGUCAGCCAGCAGAGCGCCAUGUGGCCCUCGGACCAGCAGCCCCUCUUCUCCCUGGCCAACGUGCUCUCACUGGCCAUGAGUGUGGCACAGUCCUUCAUGCCGCCCACCUCCAUGCCCAGCGGGCUCAACCCGGGCUUCCACCCCCACAUGGGCACCGCGCAGGCCGGGUACCCGCCCAUCUACGCCCCCCAGCACAAGGCUGACGCUGCUGCCUACGCCCAGGUGCCCAUGCUGGGGCAGUACCUGGACAUGCACCAGUACCAGGACGGCAACCUCCCUCAGAUGGCCUAUCAGAUGCCCAUGCAUGAGGUCCUGGAGGGGGGCUACAACGCUAGCCGGCCCAGGGGGGGCUCCAUGGGAGGGUUAAAGGUGAACACUCCCCCCGGGGGUCCCCCGCUAACCGGCUCCAUGGACGACCUGCGGGCCACAGUGAUGAGGUCCAGACAGGCUGGGUUCACAGACUCCUCUCCUCCUGCUGCCUGUGCACCUACCCCUGCUACUGCCCCUGCUGUUGCCCCUGCUACUGCCCCUACCCCUGCGACUGCCCCUGCUGUUGCCCCUGCUACUGCCCCUACCCCUGCGACUGCCCCUGCUGCUGUUCUGGCCUCUGCUCCUGGAGCUCCGGUGGGAGCCAAGCCAGGGCCCCAGGCAGGGACUCUUGCGUCCAUCCCCAGAGAAGUGAGCCGAGAGCGGGCAGGCAGCUCGGCGUCCACAUCCCCCUCACCUGUCACCGCUUCCUCCUCACCGGCUUCAUCAGGACCCUCCAGCCCACAGAACACGGUGACUGCCCACAGUCAGGCUAUCCCCAUUCCUCUUGCUGUGUCUGAAUCCAGCAGCAACGUUGCAAAAGGCCGACUCACGCCCAUCUCUGAGGAGGGGGAAGUUUCCCAGGAGCAUUUGGUCACUUCAAACUUUGAUGAAAAAAAGCCUGUGAGAGUAGGUCGUUUCCAAGUGACCCCAAGUGUGGACAUCCCACCUGCCCCUCAAAUCCCAGUCCGUCCUCCAACCCCUCCCCCAGUCACGCCUACACCUGCCAGCAGCGAAACAGACAGCAGCACCGAAGACCAGGGCGAAUCGGAGACCAGCUUCAGCACGAUCACCGUCUCCCCCCCGAACAAAUUCGGAGUCUACCCCCCCCACCAUGAACGUGAGAAGGAGGAGAGGAACGAGGAGGAGUUGGAACAGGACACUGAGGAGGAGGAGCAAGAGCCGGGACAAAACCAGGCGGAGGAAGAGGAAGAGAGGGAGGAGGGAGAGAGGGAACAAGGGGAAGGAGAGGAAGACGAGGGGAGGCGGGGCGCCCGGCGCAUCAGCCUGAGCCUGUGGGAGGGCACAACGGGCAGCCCGCAGAUGACCAGCGCCCCGCACCAGCCCUGGAUGAGCUACACGCGCAGCGCCUCCUAUGUCAGCAGCGACGAGACAGAAAGCGACGACGACGGCAUGUGGGAGGAGCUACACCACCUGCAGCUUCGGCAUCUGUCUGAGGUGCAGACGCUGCAGGCGACACAGAAGCGAGAGAUUGAGGAUCUCUAUGAGCGGAUGGGUAAAGUGCCUCCCCCCGGCAUCGUCUCGCCGGCCGCCAUGCUCAACAGCCGACAACGCCGCCUGUCCAAGAGUGGCGGCUACUCCUCCUCCCGAAGAAACAGCCUGCAGAGGCUGGACAUAAUGCCCGCUGCUGGCAUCAUGCGGAAAAACUCAGUCAGCGGCAGCAGCAGUGGCUCACAGGAGAGGAUCACCAAGGCCGUGUCCUUCGCCCCGGACUUCAACCGCAUGGUGAGCCCCAUACCUCUGACUCACAACGUGCCAAACCAACUUUCUCAGCAGUGUGAGUGAGAUUCCAGCCGACACGAUACACUGCCAGCCCUCCACACCAACAGGAGGAAGUGAUGUCGCAGGAGGGCUUCCUGCUGCCUUUCAAGAGGAAGACACAGGAAGGCAGGACAAAGCAGGACAAACACGCACUAGUGUAGUAAAAAUAACCUCCCAGAGACUUUUGACAAGAAGCCAUUGUCGGUUGGUGCACAAUCAUACAGACACGCCGCUGAAUCUCCCAGCUGUGCAGUAGCCUACAGUUCAAUCUGAUUGUAUCUGAGUGUGUACUUUCUUUUUCAUGUGUAUGUAGUGCAAUCAAUGGAUUCCCCCCAACCCUUUCUUUUCAUGUGAUCUCAGAAACUCUUAAUUUCUUUUUGCACUUUCCUGUGUUACUUUCAUCAUCUGCCUGUCUGUUGAAUGUUGCCACAGGGCCUCCUAGUGGUGGGGACAUGUAAAUGUACCGUUUCACUUGCUGCCUAUUUUCAUUGCUGUAUGGAGGGGGACAUAAGCCGAAGUCUCCUGGUUCUACAAGCUUUUAGCAUUUGCUCACUGCAGUAAUGAUAAGUGUUUGAGCUUUGUAAACUACAAAUUGUGGUAAUUAUGUCAUUUUCUUUGAUUCUUAGUCAUGACUUUUGUUUUCUAAGCCUGCACAAUCAUGUCAUAAAUGUCAGAAUGGCAUUGGAAUGGAGUAUACAGAUUGACUCUCACUGGACAAACAUCUAAUUAUAAUAAAUGAACCAAUUGAUAAUAUUUCAUGAAAUAGAAAUACAAAGAAAAAAGAACUGCCAAAAGCAAUGACAAAGAAGAAAUAGUGUUACAACUUAUUUGGACAAAUGUCUUUAUGGUGUUUGCUUUUUUUGUUUGGUUUUGCACAUGACAUAGCAUACAAGUAUUGUCUUGCAUACUGUUCAGAUAUCAUCGUUUCCCAGUUUCCCGACACUUUCACUCUCUCAGCCAACUCCGUCAUUCUGCACAGGUCACCUUAAACCCAGUGCAGGGUUCAGCCAAAAACGUUGGAAUCGUCGUGAAUUCUAAAUAUCUUUGGCUCAGAAAACCCUGGUCAUCAGAUCCCCCCACUAGACUAGACGGGCGAUAGGCCUUGACAGAUUUAUAUCCACACACUACAGCCCACAGAAAACCCAGCAGCCUAGAGAUAUGCUAAAUCUGGCCCGGAUCUGGGACAAGUCUGGCCUGGACCUGGUAGGGUUCUGCAAAUCAGUACCAAAGACCAAUAGAGCGGCUGAACAGCUAGCCAAUACCAGUAACCCCACACUGCCAUUUUGUGGGUGCAGCUAAUACAAUUGUGGUGCCAGUGUCAGCAUCUAAUACUAACCACACUGCAGGGCCUCAGGACAGCAUUACACUCUCUCUCCAUAACGCAUCCACAUUCUGAUGGUGACAAUUUGAUGUUACAAACAUGUCACACAUAAUUUAAUGUCCUAAAAUGAAUCGUUCAAUAUUUUGCUUACUCCACUGUCUUAAAAAACACUCACCCUCAGCAGGGCAACCAUGUUUGACACAGAUCGCUGCGAUACUCGGGAACGGAUUACGCCCACAUCUGGCUGAGUCCAGGUCAGGAUCCGCCCAAGAUGCGGCCCAGACCCAGAGUAGCCAGCAGGCUCUUUACACUGCUCUGUCUUCUUUUAUAUUUGAGCUGAAACAAUGCACUUUUCUCCAGAGGGAUCUCCCAUUAUGAGCUGAUGCCAUGCAGUCUCUGUAAAUAAAAAUGGGUCGGGUUACUAAAGAUGCACAUAGAACCCUCCUGUCCUUUUCAAAUAAUUUUUUGUGUGCUUCUUCAGCCUAUGCAGUCGUGUCUAAGAAAAGAUGUUUCCUCUAAGAAACACAAAAGAAGGUGAAUUGAAGCUGUGAAGAUUGUUGCCACGGAGUCAGUAUAUGAAAAUGUUUCCGUGAGAAGUGACACCGAUUGUAUUCUUCUAAGACAAAAAAACAAGAUUUAUAUAUUUAGAUAUGAAAGAGAUAUGACAUGUUGUAUUAUAUGUUAGGAAAUGAUGUUGUGUCGGUUUUGUGCCUUUUCAGGUUUUUUUACCCCAACAGCUUGAUUGUUGUUUCAGAAAUCAUGUUUGUAAAUAAUGAUAAUACAUUACAUUUUUAAAUGUG